AUGCUGAUGGGAAGGUCGUUGCAUCGGGACAAGUGGACGGGAACACUCCGCAUUUGGAUUGCAGAAGCCACAGAUCAUGUCAGCGGCCUCUCAGACAGGUCUGAGGGGAACCAAACGGCCCGACGGCCCGACGGCCCGACGGCCCGACGGCCCGACCUGAUGGCUGCAAGAUGGGGCCUGGCAGCUUGCGGCGCCAGUGCGCUCGGUAUCUCGUACUGGGAGGUCCGCCGCAGGCAACUGCUUGCGCAGUACGAGGCGAUGCGGGUUCGCUACGUUGAGACAGGUUCAGAGACCAGGUUUCCCUUCUAUGGCCGAGACUUUGGCUACGAGGUUGACUACAUGAUAGAGCUGGGCUUGCAGCAGGGAGACCGCUGCUCUGCCCUUUACCGCCUGGAGGCGCUGCCUGUGACCCACGCUCUGGCCGUGGUUUGGAAGAGGUUCAGAUCCCCGGCGAGCGCAGACGAGGAAGCAGUCGUGGAGCUGAAGGACGGCGACCCCGGCGGAUUCCGAACCUGCCUUGGCGUGGGCUUGGUGAAAGUGCCAGUGAUUCCGGCUGCUGACAGCUUGAAGUUUGCCACGGAGCAAGCCUUCGUGGCGCUGCCGGGUGCUUGUGCCAGGAGGUGUAUGCUGCCGGGGAACUUCGGGGACAACGACCAGGCGGGCGCGGUGCAUUGGCUCGGGCGCGCCUCCGACCUCACCACCCGCUUCCGCCGGCGCGCACAGUGCGUGGCGGAGUGCGAGCUGCCGUGGGUGGUGGCGCUGCACGGCAGCGGGGGCCUCACCUACACGGGCUGGCGCCACAGCGCCAAGUUGGCGGCGCUGGGCUACGGCGUGCUGGCGCCGGACUCCAUGGCCCACCCCCGGUCCCUGCGCUUGCGGCGCCGGGAGCCGGCGAAGCUCAGGGACGCCAGGUACUGGGCCGCGGACCCCGCGUACCGGUCCAAGUGCAGCUGGGACAAGAGCGGCGGCAGCUUCCCCAUGUGCUUCAGCACGAAAGUGGACAAUCUCUUGUCCGAGCCGGAGUCUUGGAAAGUGUACUACGAGCGGAUCUACCUGCUGCGCAAGCGGGAGUUGGAUUGGCUCAUGGAGAAUCCUCCUGUCUUCUUGACGGGGCGUCUCUUUCUCAUGGGGCACUCCGAGGGUGGCAUGGUGGCCGCGCGCUACUGGCACCCUGGCUUGCAGGGCCGGCUGAGUGGCCGCAUCAUCUCCGCCUGGAGCUGCGAGGAGAACUACUUCGUGGGGUCCAAGCGCGGCAGCGAGACCGGCGGCGGCGGCGAGGGCGUCCCGGUGCUGAACAUCAUUGGCACCGCCGAUGAGUUUUUUUCCAAGAACGGGUCUGUGGCAGCGCAGGUCGCCAGGUCCUCCGUGGAUUAUGGCACCAAGGACAUCGAAGGCCACUGCCUGCGGUCCUUCCAGGCCUCCAACCUGAGGUCCGCGGCAGUUUUGCUGCUUCAGGGAGCUGCCCAUGACUCGUCACUCACUCACGAUGACGCCAUCCGAAGCUUCUUGAGUGAAUUCCUUGCAUCUCCUGUUGGAUUUACACAGGGAGCCGCCAAGUCGAUCAACCUCCUGUGCACAAGGGAGCAGUCAAUGCUCUAUUCCUGCAUCGAAGACGGCCAAACGGAGGCACUCUCUGACACGGAGUCCGGGCUGGCUCACACUGUCUAUCAUUUCCCUCCCUGCGCAGAAACAUCCCUCAAAGGUGGGGCCUUCGUGCCAUGGCAGACUGAGCUUUCCUGGGACUCUGCGCUUGUGGCGCUCGGCUUGACGCUGCGACUUGUCAUUCUGAGUGCUGCGCUGCUGCUGUGUGCGGUCCUGGGCCGUCGAGCAGCCCUCCCCGCCCUGCGGGCUGCGACUCACGAGGCCAUCUUCCAUUUCAUGUGGCACGGGCUGGCAUUUGACAAGCACCAGCUGGUCAAUGUGCGGGAGAGUCGCCUAAGGCUGCAGCGGCCGUUGCUGAAACGCCGCCCCACGGGGCAGGCCGGCCAUGAGGGCACCCUGCAGGGCCAGAGCCAGGCAGACUUGGUGAAUCGCCUUGUGGCCGACUACUCUCUGCAGCCCCCGCCGCGAUGCGUGCAGUGCCUGGAGACCAGCGGGUGGCUUCUGCAGAUUGCGGUCGUGAUCUUGCGAUUUCUGGCUCCCAUUGUCAUGUGGUCCUUCGGCAUCUUGUACCAAAUCUACAGGCUCAUCCCAAAACAGGAGCUGCUCGUGAUCUACGGGUGUGCACUCUGCUUCUUCGGCGGAGAGUUUUGCGCAUCCAUUGCGGCUAUCGAAUGCUUCCGACGCACCGGUGGCGACAAGCUGCUGUUGUGCUUGCAGGAUUUGGCCACCAAUAUUCAGAUAGCAAACCAAGCAUCACUUGAGGAUGACAAGGCAGCCGGCAUCAAUCUUGACGCGGUCACCCCGAAGGAGUUUUACAAGCACAAGGCCGGUGUGGUCCUGAAAGCAGUGGAUCCGGAUGUGGUGGUGAAGGCGUGCGCUGGCCUCUACCAGGGCUUCUUGGGGCUGUUGGUGUCAUUGAAGUUCAAAUUCGCCUGGACGGUGGCCCUGGCCUGCUCCAUUGCUGACUUGCUGCGAAAGCCCGUGGCUGUGAUUGUGACACCCAUCAUGGUGGCAUUGAUGCCAAAGGACUAUCACAAAUGGAUCAACCAAAUCAUCAACUUGACUCUGAAGGCGAUCGCUGUGCACCUGGCUUGGAAGCUGCAGGAAGUCAUCAGUGCCGUGCAGAGUGGCCUUUUGGGUGCGAGCUUGGUUGGCACUGGCGUGAUCACGCUCACCUAUCAAGGAUUCUCCUGGGCAUCCCGUGGCCGCUGCUGCAAGUUUGACCCCGACAAGAGCAUUCUGGACGAGUUGGUGGGAAUGCCUUUGGCUGCUUUCGGCAUCUGGUUCCAGCUCAAGCACAACUUCAGCUUGCCGUUCCCCUACAAUCUGACCCUGCUUCCGCUCACGAUUGUGGAGACUGUGCUUCGCUUCAUGAUCACCUGGUUCCCCGUCGAGGAAACAGCCUUCCCGGGGCACAGAUGA